AACGAAUGUAAACAAAAUCAGCCAGUCGCGUCUCGUGUGCUGGUGAGGUCGCGAAGUGUAGAACCGAUUUUGAGAUUUCUGUUGAAGACGAUGGACGCGUGGACUACAGUUUCAUGGUCCCUUUUCCUCCUAGUUAUAGCGCCGGCCACAGGUGAGCCCUCUUACUAUCGCCAGUACAGAGUACUUACACCGAGAUCCGGAUACCAAACCUACACCGAUUAUUACUCUUACAACGUCAACCCGUACAGAUAUUACGGUGCCGUAAGCGACGACACCGUGUACAUAACCGACAAAUAUGGCAACACUGUGCCGCAGGCCGCCGCCAGAUACAGGAGCUACGGCAGAGCGAUGGAAGUGGGUUGUUCGACGGGAACUUGUACUUGCACGCCCUCUCCUUGCGGUACUAACGCUCACUGUUCGAUUAUCGGAGGACGUCCGGUGUGCUCCUGCUUCAAAGGAUACUCCGGCGAUCCCCUGUCGGUGUGCACGAGGGCCGAAUGUCUAGCGAACGACGAAUGCAGACACUACCAGACUUGCAGUAACGGCAGGUGUAUCGAUCCGUGUGCCGGUAGUUGCGGCGUCAACGCGGAUUGUGAGGUUAGGAACCACGUGCCGGUGUGCAGUUGCCCCCCGGGAUAUACCGGCAGUCCUUUCGUGUCUUGCCGUCGAUUCGAUCCGAGCGAACUAUGUCACCCGAGCCCGUGCGGUUCGAAUACGAAUUGCGAAGUUGUCAACGGGGUACCGACCUGCAAAUGUCUGCCCGGGUUCCAAGGUUCGCCGCUCGCCGGGUGUCGUCACGAGUGCGAGAGUGACUCCGAAUGCGGGAACAAUCUGGCGUGCAUCGACUUCAAAUGUCAAAAUCCCUGCAACAAGCAAUGCGGCGAGAGUGCGGACUGCGAGAUCGUGAGGAACCACCAAGCCGUGUGCAAAUGCCCGAAGAAUUAUUUCGGCGACCCGUACGUUUCAUGCAAACCCGAGUGCUACGGUGACGUAGACUGUCCUCGGGGCAGGCCCGCGUGCUUCUACGGCAUUUGCAAGAACCCGUGCGACGGAGUGUGCGGUGCCGGUGCCAACUGCGAACUCAGAGGCCUGACUCCCGUGUGCUCUUGUCCCAAAGACAUGACGGGUGAUCCGUUCGUGAGGUGUAGGCCCUUCACGCCUGAGGAUUUGUGCGAACCCAAUCCCUGCGGCGCCAAUGCGAGGUGCGAGCCGGGAUUCGAGACCCGAACGGGUAAAGAACGACCGGUCUGUUUCUGCCUCACGGGGUACACCGGGGACCCCGUCAGGGGCUGCCAGAGAGGCGAGUGUACCGAAGACUCCCAUUGCCCUCCUAGUCAAGCUUGUAUCGAAUACAGAUGUCAGAACCCCUGCGUGGGCCAGUGCGGAACGAACGCCGAGUGCAACGCUAGGAACCAUGUGGCCGUGUGCACGUGCCCUUCGGGUUACCAGGGCGACGCUUUGUACCAAUGCAACCUUAAUAGGGGCACGUCUGCUGCGAGGUAUUUGAGGUACAAACGGACCUCCGAGGAAACUCAGGGGAACGCCACAACAACCAUCGUCGUUUAAGUGACAACAAUUUUUUGUUAAUAACAUUAAUUAAUAAUAAAGUUAAAUUUGAA